UGAGGGAGGGAGAGAGGCAAGGAGAGGCAGAGAGAGCUGCUAGGAAAGCGGUAGUAGCAGCACAGUGAAAGAGGUCUUGAGCAGCUUGAAUAAAUUUUGUGAAGGGCUAGGAGGACACUGCCCAUGGCUCAGUCUGCUAACGGUGUGGACCAGGAUCUGGCCAGCAAGAGGCUCCACACGAGGAUGGAGGCCUCAUGUCUGGAGUUGGCCCUGGAGGGAGAGAGGCUGUGUAAGGCGGGGGAUUUUAAAGGGGGGACAGCGUUUUUCGAGGCGGCUGUGCAGGUGGGAACAGAAGACCUGAAGACCCUCAGUGCCAUCUACAGCCAACUGGGCAAUGCCUACUUUUACCUGAAGGAAUACGGCAAGGCCCUGGAGUACCACAGACACGACCUCACUCUGGCCAGGACAAUAGGGGACAGGAUAGGGGAGGGGAAAGCCAGCGGUAACCUUGGAAACACAUUGAAGGUUUUGGGGCGCUUCGACGAGGCAACGGUGUGCUGUCAGAGACACCUGGACAUCUCUCAAGAGCAGGGGGACAAGGUGGGAGAGGCCAGGGCUCUGUAUAAUAUAGGGAAUGUGUUCCAUGCCAAAGGAAAGCAGCAGCUAUGGGGCUGUACCCAGGACCCUGGGGACCUCCCACCAGUCGUCAGAGAUACACUGCAAAGGGCUACUAGCUUUUAUGAGAUGAAUCUAUGUCUGGUCAAAGAGCUGGGCGACCGAGCUGCUCAGGGCAGGGCCUUCGGUAACCUAGGCAACACCCACUACUUGCUGGGAAAUUUUGUGGAGGCCAUCAAAUUCCACAGACAGAGACUGUCCAUCGCCAAGGAGUUUGGUGACAAAGCAGCUGAACGUAGAGCCUAUAGUAACCUAGGCAACGCUCUGAUUUUCCUGGGACAGUUUAACACUGCCACGGAGUACUACAGGAAAACUCUGCAGCUGUCUCGUCAGUUGAAGGACCAGGUGAUGGAGGCGCAGGCGUGUUACAGCCUGGGGAACACCUACACUUUGAUGCAGCAGUACGAGAGAGCCAUAGACUACCACCUCAAACACCUCCUCAUAGCCCAUGAGCUCACCGACAGGGUUGGUGAGGGCCGUGCCUGCUGGAGUCUGGGAAAUGCCUAUGUGUCUUUACGGAACCAUCGCCAGGCCCUGCACUACGCCCGCAAAUACCUCGACAUUUCCAGAGAGAUUGGGGACAGGAAUGGCGAGUUGACUGCCAGGAUGAAUGUGGAGCAGAUGAUGGAGGCUCUGGGGGUCAACGAGAGUGACCUUUCAUCAUGUGGGUCAGAGUUCGAGGUGCAAGGAGCCAGACCAAAAUUCACCAAGAGAAACAGCAUGGACAGUGUCGAACUGUGGAAGUACUCGACAGAUAAGAUUGGAGACAGCCAGGACGUGGACAGUAUAUCCCGGAGAACCAAGAGUCAGCAGUCUCAGCCAGGCAGAGGGAAGGGCUACCCCGACAGCCAGUCCUCAGAUGACAGGCAAUGGUUGGAAUCCCCUGUGGACACCGAUGACAUAACUGUCCAAGUCCCGCCUCCAAAGCUAGGUCGUGACCCCUCCGAUGAGGACUGCUUCUUCGACCUUCUCAGCAAGUUCCAGAGCAGCCGCAUGGACGACCAGCGCUGCCACCUAGACGACCCGAACGAAGAGAAUGGAGAAAAUGGCGAGAACGGAGGGGCCGUCUCUCUCAAUGAAAUGCUAGACCCUACACUCAUCACCUCACCCCAGACAGAGGAGCUAUUUGACCUGAUUGUCAGUUCCCAGAGUCGUCGCCUGGACGACCAGCGGGUCAGCGUCAGCAACUUACCCGGCCUCAGGAUCACCCAUAACAACCUGGGCCACCUGUGUGUCGAUGCAGACCCCCAGGAGCCCAGCGAUGACUUCUUCAACAUGCUCAUGAAGUGCCAGUCCUCCAGGAUCGAUGACCAACGGUGUUCCCCACCAGAAGGGGGGCCCCGGGCCCCCACGGUGCCUGACGAGGACUUCUUUAGUCUGAUCCAGAGGGUACAGGCCAAGCGCAUGGACGAGCAGCGGGUCCACCUCCCAUCAGAUGAACAGGACGGGCCCGACUCCGACCCAGAACCACCCUCUGGAGACUCCAGCUAGGGACCKAAGCACACAUCCCUCGGGGAGUCUGCCUCAUAGAAGGUGGAGAGAAAGAGGAGAAAUGGGCCACCACUUGAGGAGAUCUGUGAAGGGGUGAAAGUAAAUUAGGUUGAUGUGUGAUGCAAGAUCCAAACCCUAUGUGCAAUAUGUGUCCCCCUUUCAGCUGUUGUGAAUCUGUUUAGGUUUGAAAUGUGUGUAAAUCCGAUAAUGAUGAAAUGGAAUGUAUAUGAUACAUUUAUGUGAAUUAAGGUUUGGGGUGUUUCACUAGGGUUUGAGACACCAACAAGAAAUAACAGAUAUUCAUAUUUACCCCAUUUACUGCCUUAAUCAGUUUUUCUCUGACUCAGAUUGUAUUCCCAAGUGUCAGGGGUCUGUGGGUUCAAAUUGCAUGAUAGAAUAGUAUUCGGUUUGAAGGAUGACGAUGAAUGCUGCUGGUAUUAUUGGUGUAGCAAACAAUAUUGGCUACAGUUUUCGGUGGCAACAACAUGGUUAGUUAAGGUCUCUUCAUUAUUGAGUUAAUGUCCUUUGGAGCACAACCAAACAGGUUUUCAAACAAUAUAUCAAUUUAUCAAAAUAGUAAAAGAUACAGUGAAAAUACAUUUGAUGGAUAAUAGUAUACAAAAUCAAGAAAAGCACAUUUUAGGGAGAAAUUCAAGGGAGAAAUUGAGUAGAUGGAUCAGGGGACUUUUUAGGACAGCAAGGGGGUAGAUGCACAGCCUAUGCACACAGAAUCCUGUUUUGCAGGGAACUCCUGCUACAAUGCCACAGCUGUUAGUCUUCAAUUUCCAAUCAUCUACAACGGAUGUCUCAUAUUCUUCUGGUAUACUGCCCCAUUGUGGUGAAACUUGUAUACUACAACUGUUCUGUGUACCCCAUUGGAAAUGAUUUGUAAUUCCUGUGGAAGGUUGAGGAUGUAAUCUUCUGCGCAAGUAUAUUGAUUUUAAGCACUUUUUAUUAUUUUAGUGACAAGCUAUACUUAAACUGUACAGUAUAUACAUUGCAUAUUUUUUGCUGAWUUUUUUUUAAAGGUUAGUGUAUUUGCAACAAAAAUGUAGUGCCUUGUGUGUAUUUUAUUCAGUUGUGGAUAUCAGAGUUAUUCUGUUACAGACCCAGCAGACCAAAGACGGGUGCAAACUGAGGAAACUAAACAAAAACGUCUUAUAGUAAGAUCUAACGUACUGUAUGUUGCCUAACUGAUGUUCCACAAUGGACAUUUUAGUUGCUCUUCUUCUUUGGGACUCCAUUUGUAAACGUAUUAGCGUGUAGCUCUUCUUUGUACCUCAAGGGUCGGGAACCUAACCCAGGAUGGGUCGUGGUCCAUAUGAUUAAUCUCUAUCUCUGUAGUAAGAGUGUAACAAGGUCCCCACUGUUCUCCCCCAAAAAUUGAUUUCCUCUAUUUUCUCAUACCUUAUGAGGAUAAACUUGGUCCAGACCUAUCCGCUACGCUUCUAUUUGUCACUGCCAUAUGUACAUAUUUUUUGUAUUCAUGUUCCAUUUGAGGACAUGAAGAUGUCCCCUCUGCUUUUAAUGAAAUGUUGAUUCAAAUGUU